GCAUUCAUCGCCCCCUUGAGUAUGUGAUUGGUUUGCUCGCCGAAAAUAAGCCGCGCCCUCACACUACUACGUGCUGAGACAUAUAGCUCAAAGCUCACCCCGCGUUUUCAGUGUGCAUUCAUCGUCUGGUGUGUAUAAUCAGCCAUUGAAGUGCCCGGGAAAGGAAGGCUUUACUUAGUUUAGUAACAACGGAUGUCACAGUCAGCGUCAUGUCACUUUGAAAAAAUUUCUACUUGUCUCAAAGGUCAGAGACUGAUAAAUCUAGGGUUAAGGCAACAUGCAGCUCAGAAUACGCCCUUCAAUAAUGAACUUGACAGUGAUUCUUAUUGAAAGGAAUAACAGCAAGUUACGCAAUACCUCCGCGAUGGAAACUAAUGCUAAACAGACUGUUAUCGAAAUAAAAUAACAAGAGGCUAGAUAUUGCUGAUUUUGUAGGCCAACCAUUCGAAAUUAGACGUUUGAUGUUACUGCAAAGAAAAAUGUUCUUUUUGAUUAUAGCAAAUCUAACUUUGUAUUUUCACUGGCUGGCAACCACUUUAAGCCACUUCCUGCCCCAUCUUCAGUUUGCUUUGUGUGGCAAGGAAAUUUUUUCUUCCAGCAAAGGCACCAAUUAGCAAAACGGGAAAGUAACUUUACGUAAAGUUCGUUCGUUCAAGCCAGGUCAUAUUCCUCCUAUAAGGAUUCACCUAUCAUGAUCUAAUGGUCUAAGGGAAGCGAAACUUUGCAACUACCAGUGAGGGCUGCCAAAUACCUCUACAUGCCACGGUACCCUGGGAGGACGGCUGCGGGUUCCCCAUUGCCUCUGUGCCUUAGUAGGUGCCAGUACUCAGUAUCUCAAGGCCUGUGCAUUAACGAUAUUUGAUCACUAAUUAACAUUGGUCCCCUUAGCUGUUUUGUAUCCUCCUGAACACUCUCACAUCAGAGAAAGGAAUGUAGCUGAGCUAUACUUGACGGGUGCUUCAAAACGUUUCAUCAGUGCUUCGAACAUGUUAGCAGUGGACGUAACCCGUCAUUCCACAGCGAACACCCCCCAGGCCGUGGCCGACGCGGAGGAAGACUGGGACACCACAUCGUCGAAGCUCCUGACGGUGGUGCCCAGGUAGCAGUUGAGCACCUGUGUCGGCAGCAGCCCCAGCACCGUGGCCGCCAGGUACAGCCACGUGGGAACCCGGGACACCUGUGCGGGGAGACACGGCAGGUAAAGUGUCAGUAUGGGUGACUACUAUGAUGCAUCGUAUGAAACGCAGUGCCCACAGUGUCGGGGCACCAAGUAUCGAAACCCACAGAUGAAACUCAUGGUCAAUGUCUGUGGGCACCCCAUGUGUGACUCUUGUGUCCGAAUGUACUUCCUUAAGGAAUCAGCCCCAUGCCCUGAAUGUGAGAUUGUUCUCAAGAGAUCAAAGUUUCGUGUUCAGAUAUAUGAAGAUCCCUUGGUAGAGAAGGAACUUGCCAUCCGCAGAAAGGUGAUGAAGGUUUACAACAUGGCUGAAGAUGACUUCCCCACUUUAGAGGAAUGGAAUUCAUACUUAGAGGAGAUUGAAGAAAUAGUGUAUAACAUUACUAAUGAUAUAAAUAAGCCAGAGAUGGAGAAGAAAAUGGAGAACUACGAGAAGCUAAACAAAAAUGAAAUCAGGAAAAAUUAUGCCAGAAAAACUCGUGCUGAAGAGGAGCUUGAGAGGCAGCUGGAUUCAGAGAUGGUGAAGGGGCUGGAGAGGCAGAGAGCACUAAAAGAAGAACAGGAAAAGUCUAAAUUGACGAGACAGAGGAACAAAACAUCUUUAAUACAAGACCUAAUGGCAGCCUCAGAAGGAGCAGCCACUCUGGUUCUCAAGUCACACACAGAGAGACUUAAAGAGGAGCAGAAGAGAGAAAACCAGAAGAAAAAGGAACAGGAGUUGGCAAUGCAGGGAUCCUCAAAGACAGAGUUCUCAUCUGGUGUCAAGAUGGGCUUUGCUGCCGGCAUGUCCUCAGCACCGGUGCACCAAAUGAAGGAGGAGUUGUACCGCUACGAGCCACCUGUCCUCUCUUCUACUUUGCCUGCCCCCACAUGGGAGGAGCUGGAGGAUGGCGGCUACCUCAACCACGUGCGGAGGGCGUCCCCGCAGGCGAUGGCUGGCGGGUACACCGAGCACUAUGCCUGCCUCAGGGCGCUGCAAGACUUCAUGUCUUCACACUUUCUUAGCUGAGGGCACCAGCUACUUUAGGUUAAUUGUGAGCACUUCAGUGGCAGGGCUUCCUCCUUUCCCCUGCUGUGCCAUAUCUGUGUUGUGUUGUGAGGAGUUUUUGGACUUAAGCAUAGAAGAAAUUAUUGUGUUUUAUAUUUAUUUUGGUAUUGGUAAGGUCAUGGUUAGUCACAAACAUAUACUCCUGAAUGUUUGAAUGAGCUUCCAAGUGUUUGAUACUCCCUGUGGAAUGUAUGAUACAUUUUAGGGAAAAGUGGUGCAUUGUUUCAAUUAAAAAUGUGAAUAUAUAACAGUUUAUAUUUAUGUGGAAAAAAAUACUGGCAGCACUAUGUAAGAUAAUAAAGCUUUGUUAUAAAA